UGGUCUCACCAGCACAGCUCAGUCCCUGCCUGGGUUUUGGUGUAUGGCACGAUGUGGGAUGUCAUGUACCCUCACUCCCCCUCCUUUCACACUUGCAGGUGUGUGGGGAAGAUCUCCACACCUGGUUGGAUCUCCAAGUCCCACAGAAUCUAGGGAAAAGCAGGAGCCCUGCACCUCACUACCCCGGGUUUGCGAGAUUCCCGCAGGACAGGUAGAAGCCGUGGAGGAAAUUGUGAACACCAGAGAUGGUCAGCCCGAGGCUUCAACGUCGAAGUCCCAAGAACAUCCUGAGGUUGAUACCCAGAGGGCAAAACCGAAGUCGGCAAGUCCAGGGAUUGAUUGCUGAAAGUCAAGUCCGGAGAAAGGAUGUGCUGGCAUUGGAGAGGGUCCAGAGGAGGUUGAUGACGAUUAUUCUGGGAAUGAAAGGCUCCAGCAGCGAGGCGAGGUGUUCAGUGGAUGUAACAGGCACCAGCUGCACUUCUCAGACCCUCCACCGUCGGCCAGCAGCCAUGGACGACAACAUCAAGGACCGAACCGCGUUCAUCCGCAGCGCCAAGGACAUCGCCAAGGAGGUGAAGCGGCAGGCAGCCCGGAAGGUGACCCGCGGCACGGAGCGCCUCCAGGACGAGUACGCCCGCCGCUCCUACUCCCGCUUUCGGGAGGAGGACGAUGACGAGGACGAGGAGGAGGACUACCGCCGCCGAUACUCCCGCACCGGCGAUGAGGACGGGGCCUCCAGCGAUGCCACUGAGGGCCAGGACGAGGAUGAUGAGAUCUACGAGGGGGAGUACCAGGGCAUCCCCCGGCGCCAGCCUGGGCUGGAGGAGGGCUCACUGGACGACGCCCAGCCCUCCGAGGAUCACUUCCGCCCCCUCGGCGAGCUGGAGGAUGAGCGGGAGAGGGGGCGCCAGCAGCUGGCCCAGCAGUACGAGCUCAUCUUGCAGGAGUGCGGCCACGGCCGCUUCCAGUGGACCCUGUACUUCGUGCUGGGCCUGGCCCUGAUGGCCGACGGAGUGGAGGUCUUCGUGGUGGGCUUCGUGCUGCCCAGUGCUGAGAAGGACAUGUGCCUGUCUGAUUCCAACAAGGGCAUGCUGGGUCUUAUCGUCUACCUGGGAAUGAUGGUGGGGGCGUUCCUGUGGGGGGGGCUCGCAGACCGGCUGGGGCGGAAGCAGUGCCUCUUCAUGUCACUUUCCGUCAACUGCGUCUGUGCCUUCUUCUCCUCGUUCGUCCAGGGCUAUGGGAUCUUCCUGUUCUGCCGCCUGCUCUCAGGCAUCGGGAUUGGAGGCUCCAUUCCCAUUGUCUUCUCCUACUUCUCAGAAUUCCUGGCCCAGGAGAAGCGCGGGGAGCACCUCAGCUGGCUGUGCAUGUUCUGGAUGUUUGGGGGGAUCUACGCGUCUGCCAUGGCUUGGGCUAUCAUCCCCCACUACGGGUGGAGUUUUCAGAUGGGCUCGGCCUACCAGUUCCAUAGCUGGCGAGUGUUUGUCCUGGUGUGUGCCUUCCCCUCCAUCGCUGCCAUCAUUGCCCUCAACUUCAUGCCUGAGAGCCCUCGCUUCUACCUGGAGAAUGGCAAACACGAUGAAGGCUGGAUGAUUCUCAAGCAGAUCCACGACACCAACAUGAGGGCCAAAGGUUUCCCCGAGCGGGUGUUCUCGGUGACCCACAUCAAGGUCCCACAGCAGGAGGAUGAGCUGAUCGAGAUCCAGUCAGACACGGGGACCUGGUAUCGUCGCUGGUGUGUCCGCUUUACCAACCUCUUCCAGCAGGUCUGGGCCAACUUCCUGCAGUGUUUCACCGCUCAGUACCGACGCACCACGCUGCUGAUGAUGGCCGUGUGGUUCACCAUGUCCUUCAGUUACUAUGGCCUCACAGUCUGGUUCCCCGACAUGAUUAAACACCUCCAAAUGUUGGAGUACUCCUCCCGAACAAAGCUCUUUUACAAGGAGAAAGUCGAGCAUUUCACCUUCAACUUCACGUUGGAAAACCAAAUCCACAGGAACGGAGAUUACUACAAUGACAAGUUUAUUGGCAUGAAGAUGAAGUCAGUGAUCUUCGAGGACUCGCUCUUUGAAGACUGCUACUUUGAGGAUAUCACCUCCAGCAACACUUUCUUCAAGAACUGCACGUUUGUCUCGACGUUGUUCUACAACACAGAUUUCUUUGACUACAAGCUGCUGGGCUGCCGGCUGGUGAACAGCACCUUCCUGCACAGUAAGGAGGGCUGCCAGCUGGACUUCAGCGACGAGAACAACGCCUACAUGAUCUACUUCGUCAGCUUCCUGGGAACGCUGGCCGUGCUGCCCGGCAACAUCGUCUCCGCUCUCCUCAUGGACAAGAUCGGUCGCCUCCGAAUGCUGGCCGGAUCCAGCACCCUCUCGUGCAUCAGCUGUUUCUUCGUCUCCUUUGGCAACAACGAGUCGGCCAUGAUCGCCCUGCUCUGCCUGUUCGGGGGAGUCAGCAUCGCCUCCUGGAACGCACUCAACGUCCUCACCGUGGAGCUGUACCCGUCUGACAAACGGACCACGGCCUUCGGCUUCCUCAAUGCCCUGUGCAAGUUGGCUGCCGUUCUGGGCAUCAGCAUCUUCCAGUCCUUCGUGGGCAUCACCCGGGCCGUCCCCAUCCUCCUGGCCUCAACCGCCCUGGCGCUCGGCAGCUACCUGGCCCUCAAACUGCCUGAGACCCGGGGCCUGGUCCUUCAGUGAGUCACUGGGGGCCGCCACGGCCUGUGUACAUACACCCUCCCUCCCCCCUCCAACCUCCCCUCCUCCCUGUCGCACUGUGUCUGCCCCAGCAUCCCCUUACCGACCACCUGCAGGCCUCAGGCUGGAGAGUCCCGGCGUCUGGUCUUUCCUCUGUCGAUGAAUCCUGCCACAAUCACCCCUCCCCACCUCAGUCCACCGGGAGUUGGAGGUGUACCAGGUAGGGACUGUCCUGAUGUCUGCUUCUCAGGCCUGUAAAUGACAACCAUGAUUCUACCAGGCCCCAUCCUGAGGCCAGUAAACAAGGCCAGCUACUCCGCCAGGCCCUAUCCUGAGGUCGAUUACUUUGGCAGGUUCCAUCCUGGGCCUGAUAAAUAAGGCCUACUCUACCACAC